AGCCGCGGGUAAUUUCAGUUUUGAUGCAUUGAUGGCGGAUAUGUUUCUACUUUGUCCUUUUCUUCGCCUAGGGUUGCAUUUUAAAGGUUUCUUAGAUGGGAAGGAAGGCUAAAAAGCCUUUUGAGAACCCUAACCCGCUGUUUUUGAAAUGGCUGGAGGAAUGGCGCGACGAAGCCCGUGCGAAAGACUCGAAACUCAAACACGCUUACGCGAAGGCCGCUUCAUCAAUGUGCAAAUACCCGAUGCCUUUGCAGUGUGGGCGAGAUGCAAUGAUUUUAGAAGGAAUAGGGGAGUCUAUUGCACAAAAGCUGGAUGCUGCCCUGAAUAAACACUAUGCAGAAUUGGGCAUAGAUCCACUUGCCCAUGUAACUCAUCCAGAUAAUACGAGUAUGGCACGGUCAUCGUCAUUGUUAAGCGUUCCUUCCCCUAGUGACUAUGGAUCUCGACCUACUGCAAAACGAGCCAAACAGAAGAAACAGCCUCCUAAAUCUGGAAAAAAAGAGUAUGUCCCUGGGUACAGGACUGGAGCAUACGCCCUGAUCCUCACCCUGUUCACGGAUAGUCAGCACCCAAAAAGUUGUGGUUACAUGAACAGAGCUGAACUUCAGCAACAAGCCCAGGGCCUGUGUGACACAUCUUUUACAAUACCUGAACCUGGGACAAGGUACACAGCUUGGUCUUCCAUGAGCACGCUUAUCAAGAAAGGUUAUGUCAUCAAGUCAAGUAGCCCUGCUAAAUACUCCAUUACAGAUGAAGGCUGUGCUCUUGCUCUAAGACUACAAACUGUUGGACCGCCUGAUGUUGGUUCUCCCGGGAGACCUUCUGUUGCACCCUUCUGUGUAACUGCCCCACAUGGGUCACCCAUUGCAAGGGCAUCAUCAAUGGCAGUGCGGCAUACCCCUGCUGUCAAUCAUGCUAGUAUAGUUGAUGAUGAUGAUGACGAUGACAGUAUGGAUAUCACCCAUACACAGACUUCAACAGCCACAGGCAUGAUAGAUGAUCCAGGCCCUUGUCUGAUUGAACAUGUCCAGUUGUUUGCCCCAAGCCUACCAUCACAAAGCAUUAGUGGGACUGGUGUAAACUUCACACCAACGUUCACGCUAAAACCAGGUACAUUUGACAUUGUUCUGUGCGUGGAUUUCAUUGAGACCACUGGUGGGGCAAGCAAGAGGAAAGACACACUUGUACCUGAACUACAGAGCAAUGGUGUGGAGCACAGUGUGCGAAAGCUCCAGGUUGGGGACUUCUUGUGGGUGGCACGUGAGAGAACAAGACCUCUCCCAGGUCAGCUUAGCUUACCAGUACGUAGGGAACUCGUACUUGAUUACAUUUGUGAGAGAAAGCGGAUGGAUGAUUUAAACCAGAGUAUUAUUGAUGGCCGUUUUAAAGAACAAAAGUUCCGGUUGCGUAACUGUGGACUGCGGCACCCAAUCUACUUGGUGGAGGACUUUGGAUCAGCGCAAAACUUGAGCCUCCCUGAGUCAACCCUCCAACAAGCUAUCGUGAACACCCAGGUGAUUGAUGGCUUCUUUGUCAAGCGCACACAAGACUUGCGUGAGUCUGUGGCAUACCUCACUAUCAUGACGAGGUUUUUGCAAAGCUUUUACAAGGACAAAACCCUGUUGGCCUUUCCGCGAGAGCACCUUGACUUUAUGGCAUCAUAUGACCUUUCUUCUUCUCAAGUACCACUGAUGACGUUUGAGGAAUUUAGUGAGCGGACGGUGAAGAACAAGGCGAUGACAGUGAGUGAGAUGUUUGGCAAACAGUUGAUGCAAGUAAGCGGCAUGUCAGCUGACAAGGCUGUCGCGAUACUCAAUAAGUACCCUACACCUAAAAGCUUGAUGGACGCGUACGACAUGCAGCCCACAGAUAGCCACAGGGAGUCCAUGCUCGCAUGUCUCAAGUACGGCAAGACACAGAGAAACCUUGGUCCAUCUAUCAGUCGACUGGUCCGUAUGUUGUACUGCACUAGGGGCAGCCUCUACUGAUAGACAUCACGAAGACGCGUGUACCCAGUCUCUUGUCUAGGUAUUGCAGCCAGUGCUGAAAAACGCAAGACUAGUUCCAGUAUCGCGCGGUUAAGCCUGCCUUUUUUUUUUGAAAUGGCGGCGUUUUACCGGCGGACUGUCACAUUUUGGCGAAUGCUAAGAAAUUUAGACCAAACUAAAAGCCACAAUUUUCUUUAUGACUCCCUCAUUAUCAAACAAAUCCGUCAUCUUUUGUACAGUAUGGUUUUAAUACUGUACAGUUAGUCAAAACAGCGACUGAAGUCAGCCUUUUGUACCUUUAUGCACCUAUCAGCUGCUUCCCCGAGGGGUCGACCCUUGGGGAUACCCCGGGGAUAUGUGGGGGAUAUACUCGACUUUGUAUUUGCGAAACAAGUUUUGGGUGGGGGAAUUGUCAUGACUUUGUAUUUCUUCUUUUGUCAACAAAAAUAUAUUUGGUACCGCCGUCAAUGUCAUUAUUUGGUUUUGAAGCCCUUUAUCUGCGUGGACGCAAGCUUGCCGCCAUAUUUGAGGAAAAAUAUUGAACUAAAUUUCCCGCGUUUAGUAUCACGUGACAGUGAUUACCGCUCGUCCUCUUUCAUCCUCGUCUGCCUGAUUUGAAGUCGAAAAGUUUAGUAAAAUCGAGUGUAUUGACAUUGGGGAGGAGGAGGCAGAGGUGCUUGACAAGUUUUUUUGCAACAAGUGUGUUAAAUAAAUUGUUCUAUGCUGUCCAAUUAAUUUUUGUGUUUCAACUAUAAAUGCGCAUCCAGCACUUUUUAGCACCCAGUUUUUAUCAGCAGUCUCGUGUGUUCAGGCAUGUAAUUAAAAAUGCUUGUCUGACAAAAAGUGCACCCAAUAAGCAAAUAUCACCCAUAAUUUCUUGAGAAAGGUGCAUGGAAUUUGGCAUGUGACUACGGGGAAAAGUUUGUCAAGUUGACGUGUUUCAUGGGAAGUCUCAAACUCCUACAUCACAAGUCAAGGUAUGUCUCAACUUCAAGGUGAAUUAUAUUGUCGACCUUCUAGGAACUGUUAGAUAGCAGGGAAAUUGCAAUGCAAAAAGAACCUAACAAGCGGACUUUGUAGAUGAAAAAUUCCCUUCCCCAGGGGGAAAUCAUUGAGAUUGUUUCUCCAAUUUUACAAUCCCCGUGGUAUCCCCGGGAGUCGACCCCUCGGGCAAGCCGCUGAUAGGUGCAUUACUCGAACGAUUCAACACUACGAUUGUGCUUGUUUUCGCCAGAGCACGCGCAUACGCAUACGUUCUUUAGCACUGUCGGUAUUGCGAAGCAGGAAAUCGUUAUUAUGUCCGAGAAAAGGACUGCCUCUCCUGCUGUAUUUUGCUGAUGAAAGUCCAGUAUUUCACUCUGAGGAUGUAUGGUUACGCGUGGAUUGGGGAAUGGAUGAAUUGGGUACAAGAAAAUUGUAGAUGCGAAUCACAUCAUAUGCAGUAAGAAAUUACUCCAGGAGAAAAAUAAAUAGAGAUUACACAGUUCUCCUUCCAAUCGAUAUCAAGGUUCUUUAAAUAAGAGAGGGAUUGCUGUACUGUUAAUUAGAAAAUAUGUUUUUUAAAAGAAAA